UCUCUUGCUAUCAUCAUGGCUGCGUACUUCUUCGCGUCUCCAGUGGAUGUGGAUGUCAAGCUCGAAGGUGAGGAGGAGAGGAAGAUAGUAGAGACGAAGGGCGAAAAGGAUAAGGCCAUAUCCUGCCCUGUAUACUACGAUGGGGAGUCUGUCACCGGCCAGAUAACCGUGCGUGUUCGGGAUGGAAAGAAACUAGCGCACGAAGGUAUCAAGGUCGAGUUCAUCGGCAGUAUCGAGCUCUUCUACGACCGAGGCCACCACCAUGAAUUCCUGUCGCUAUCACAAGAACUUGCUGCACCGGGAGAGAUGCGACAGGCUCAAACGUUUGACUUCCAGUUCAAGAACGUGGAGAAGCAGUACGAGAGUUACCAGGGCAUCAACGUCAAGCUCAGGUACUUCAUCAAGGUGACUAUCUCGCGAAGAAUAGCCGAUGUUACGAAGGACAAGGACAUUUGGGUGCACUCGUACCGCAUGCCUCCAGACAGCAACAACUCGAUCAAGAUGGAGGUCGGUAUCGAAGACUGCUUGCACAUCGAGUUCGAGUAUAACAAGUCCAAAUACCACUUGAAAGACGUCAUAGUCGGCAAGAUCUACUUCUUGCUCGUGCGCAUCAAGAUCAAGCAUAUGGAGCUGUCCAUUAUUCGUCGCGAAACGACGGGUGCACCCCCGAACCAGUAUAACGAGUCAGAGACGAUCACCAAGUUCGAAAUCAUGGACGGCGCGCCCGUACGAGGGGAGACUAUCCCAAUACGGUUGUUCUUGGGCGGCUUCGACCUCACACCAACCUUCCGGGACGUGAACAAGAAGUUCAGCACGCGGUACUACCUCAACCUCGUCCUCAUCGAUGAGGAGAACCGACGGUAUUUCAAGCAGCAGGAAAUCACGAUCUUCCGGAUACCAGAAAACUAACGCGGACUUUGUACUACUAUACCUGUUGUUUAUUUCCUGGAUCUAUCUUAUUAUCGCGCUCUCACUCUGCGUGGCCACCUUGC